AGAACGGACACUUGGUGAACCCGGCGCCGAUCUAUCAUGGUAGGCUGAUUUGAGACCCUCGGUCCUACACCCAAUACAAGACAAAUGGGCCGUUGGUUCGGCCCCUAAACUUGAAGUUGGGACCAAGGGUCUGUAGCAAACAAUGUGAAUUUGCAUACCUACCUUAAAUCGGAAGCUACCAGUCCUCGGGGCUCCACUGCCAUGACUUAUGGCUCUCCAACCAUUCUCACAUGAGAGUUCACUUUGACUUCGCAACAUCCUCCUCUAGACUUCAAUCUUCCCUAGAAGCCCUAGCCUUUUCAUGACGUUGUGCGACUGAUUCUCUUGUUUGAUUUUUACUCAGCAUUCUGACAUCGGCUGCUGUGUUGUCUGGUGAAGGGACUCUUCUACCUUUGCUGUCGCAAACUUUCUCUUAAGCCAAACUGUCUCGAUCAACUGCUGUCCGAAGACUCCGAACCAUGGACUGGCUAGGACACGCCAAAAUCAACUUCACACACGCGUCUUCGCCUGUGGCCCUCAAGGAGAGAGAUGGCGCCCAAACUGACCUGCUCAAGGUUUGUGAAAAGAUCACGCCGCCAUGCCACAUGAACCCGCUCCUCUUCAACGGCCACUUGCAGACCAUGUGGACUGCCACGAAGCAGCACGGCCCCCCGGUGUACUAUCGUCGAAAGGUCUUCCACGCCGACGACAAGGCCUUUGAAGGCACUUUCGCCGUCGACUUUGUAGCUCAGCCCUUUGAGGAGACCGACAGCACCUUGCCGCCGCGAACGGUGUACUUUGAGGACCAGGAGUUUGAGACUCUGGCGUCGGACGACAACCGGCCCCAAUUGGUUGUUCUCCACGGCCUCUCGGGUGGCUCUCAUGAGAUUUACCUGAGACAUGCCAUUGCGCCGUUGAUCGACUCGGGAAACUGGGAGGUGUGCGUGGUGAACUCGAGAGGAUGCGCCAACAGCAAGUUCACCAGUGGUAUCUUGUACAAUGCUAGAGCAACAUGGGACUUCCGUCAGACCAUCAAGUGGUUGAGGAAGAAGUUCCCUAACCGCCCUCUAUUUGGAUUAGGCUUCUCGCUCGGCGCCAACAUGUUGACAAACUACUGUGGCGAGGAGGGUGUCGACUGCCAGUUGACCGCCGCUAUUGCGUGCUCCAACCCCUUCAACCUCGAAGUCUCCAACAAGGCACUGAAGCGCACGUUCCUCGGUAGAGAGGUCUACCAACGAGUUAUGGGAACCAGCAUGAAGCAACUGAUCAACGGACACAAGGAGGAGGUGCAAAAGCACACCAACCUCGACCUUGAACGCCUUCAGAACGUAACGUACCUGUGGGAGUUUGACAGAGAAGUACAAUGCGUCAGCUGGGGCUACCCCACAGAGAGUGCCUACUACCGCGAUGCGUCUUCCUGCGACGCGGUCCUGGCUAUCCGGAUUCCCUUCCUCGCCCUGCAUGCCACCGACGAUCCUAUUGCGGUAGAAGAAGCUAUCCCGUACGAGGAAUUCAGCAAGAACCCGUACACGGUUUUGUGCACCACCUCCUUGGGCGGCCACCUUUGCUGGUUUGAGCCUGGAGGCGGAAGAUGGCACGCGAAGCCGGUCUCAAACUUCUUCAACCACAUGGCUUUCAACGUGGAUCACAGCCAACUACCUCCGAAAACCAACGGGCUUCCGCCCAGGAACGGCAAGUCAGAGUUCCACUUCACCCCUGCGAGACACAGAAUGGAGAUCAAGGCAGCCACGGAAUAGCGCGGGGCAUAAUAGACAUUGCAACAGAAUUUGUAUCAGUAUAGACUUAGAUGGUAUAGAUA